UCGGCUGUGGUGAGCUCCACCCCCGACUCGUCCAGGAGCUGUAACUUCCUUCUGGCGACAAUAUUUUUUAUUAGAAGCAAAGAAAAACAAAACGGUCUGUCUCGUCUUAAAUGUACAUGAGUGCACCACGUUCCCUGAGUUAAGUCACCGCUGGAGAAGGCGUGAUUCUUAGGGCUGCAGGUGGGAUGAGAGACAGGCUCGGCGACCUGUUGGCGGUCGCUAAGGACUCCGGCGAGGACGAGUUCGAGUUCGAGUUCAAUGGCGGCGUGAACGGCGGGAAGGAGCUGGACCCCUUGGGCGCGGCGUUCGACGAGGGCCGCGCCAUGGACGGGGUCUUCCAGGAAGUUCAGUCCGUGCGACAGGAGAUCGCCCUCCUCAGGAUGGACGUGAAGCGGCUGGGGACGCAGAACACGCGCUUCCUCACCUCCGUCCGCCGCAUCAGUGCCAUCAAGCGCGACGCCAACUCCAUCGCCCGGAACAUCCGGGCGCGGGGCGAGUCGGUCUACGCCCGCCUGCGGGCGCUGGAGGCGCGGCGGCGCGGGCUGGAGGAGCGACGCGGGGCGGACUCGGCGCUGGCGCGGAUCGCGCGCUCGCAGCACGCCGCCGCCGCCCGCGCCUUCCGCGACGCCAUGGCGGAGUACGGCCGCGCCGAGGCGGACCAGCGCGAGCACUGCAAGGCCCGCAUCCGGCGCCAGGCGGCCAUCGCGGGCCGGCCCCUGACGGGCGAGCAGCUCGAGGAGAUGAUCGAGACGGGCCGCUGGGACGUCCUGGACGGCGGGGGCGUGGUGACGGAAGGGCGGGGCUUGCGAGCGGCCCUGGCCGAGAUCGGGCGGCGCCGCCGCGAGCUCCUGGACCUGGAGGCGCGGGUGCGGGAGGUCCACGGCCUGUUCCUGCAGAUGGCCCUGCUGGUGGAGGAGCAGAGCUGCGCGCUGGAGAGCAUCGAGGCCAACGUCUGCUCCACCCAGAACCACGUGGGCCGGGCCAGGGCCUGCGUCAAGCGGGCCGUCCAGUGCAAGAGGAGGAACCCCUGCAGGAGACUGUUCUGCUGCUGUUUGAACCGGUAGUGCGAGUGUGUGAGUGCG